ACUGCAAAUGAUUCUAUAAAUUAGUAAAUAUUUUGAAAUUUGCAGUAGCAAGACGAAUCUAGAAUUAAUGUAUUAAUAAAUAAUUGGUGUGGACAGUUUGUCCAUUAAAGACAGCCCACGGCGACUGAACAAUGUUACAAAUCCGGUUUGUCGCCGUCAAAUUCUUUUGACCCGCUUACGUCUCAAAUUACGUUAAACGGCGACGCAAUUCUUACUAUGCGUGACUCCUUUUCCCAAACCACAAAACCUGUUCAAAAACUGCUUAAAUAAACUUAAAUUCAAAACUUUGAACUUAAGUUUAUUGAUACCUUAAUUUGUUAACCAAAGGUUCAGUAACAAUGUAACAAUGAUAAUGUUAGAUGAAUGAAGAAGCAACAUUGAAUGAAAUAUGUAUAAAAUGAAAUGAGAAUCCAAACAGUGGCAGGCACGAGGACCCUCAGCGGGGAGCCGCCGCGCUCCACCGCGUACUACUACGCAGACUUAGAAAGACUCAAACGAAAAGAUGACCCACUCAAAAGCGAACCAAUCACAACCCUGGACCAUCCUCUCCGGAACUUCACUCAACCAAUCAGAACCCUCGACCACCCAAUCAGACACUUCGAAAGGUUCGACCAGUCACAACCACCACCAAUCACAGACAAGGAUUUCGCUAUCUCAAAUCCAAAUGAACUAAGCGAGUACGUAGAAACAAAUGAAAUUAUCAAGGACGUACCGAUUCGAGAAGUUCCACCAUUAAGAGAUCGCCAAUGGAGUCUUCCAGAAUAUCAUACUCCGGAAAAUUCUAGAAAAAUCGAAGAGACUUAUUCCACUGCAGGUACCUUCCCUAUGCCAGAACCAAAAGAGAAAGAACCUUUACUGGCUGAACUAGAAGUCGUGGGCAGACUGCCCUUAACACAACUAGAGUCAAAUCCUGGAGUGAGGAGAAGUAGGAGCUGGUACCUGUGUUGUCCAAAUGUUCCUGAUGAUGAUAUCUCGAGAGAAUCUUCGUGGAGAUAUUCCAGUUUAAGGCCUGUCACUGCCCCACCGUUGCCGCAGCACAAUGGAUUGCAUCAUGUGGUGGCAACGCAAAGCAGCGGUCGCGUGGAUGACGCAGCAGCACUGAAGUCAGAGCGAGACGCCUUGGCACGAGCGCUAGCUGCAGAGAGAGCUCGAGCAGCUACUGCAGCGAGAGCUCACGACGCGAGACUUGCAGAAUUGCAUGGGGUCAUUGCUGAACUGGUCAGGCGACGUGCUGCCGACAAACACUCCAGAGCUAUUCCGGAGGAAGAAGUUUCAGAUGAAUGUGAGUCGACGACGCAACCGGCUGGAGAACUGGACAACGACGCAGACAGAUCAAGAACAGAACAGAACGACACAUCGUCUAUGGUAAGCCCAGUCGAGCUGCCAACUCCUCAAGACCAGCGGGUGGACCCCCGCGAGUUGCCCGAAGACACCACCGAUACCAGUACGCACGAAGCGCUCAAAGCGGACCAACCUUGCCUAGAAGUGACCCCGACAUCACCUACCGCCGCUGCUCUUACAGAUGCGCACAGCCUUUCGGAGCGAGAAUCAGAACUUUGCCUUAGCACUGCCAGAUGUUGCCAGUUCGCGCGCCAUGCGCACGCGCACUUGGGCAGCGGGGAGGGGGGCAGCGGGGGCGGCAGCUGCGAGCGGGACAAGGGCUCCAGCGACACAGAGCCGCGCGUGUACACGGCCUCGCCAGGUCGCUGCUCGUCGCGGCAGGCGAAGCUGGCGGCGCGGGUGCGGCUGCGGCGCGCCGACGACUGCAGCCCCGACGACGAGGUGCGCGCCGGAGCGGCGCAGGGCUGGUGCGCCGACCGCUGCGCGGCCGAGCGCGUGGCGCGCCAGCUGCUGUCGCGGCUGGAGGCGGAGGCGGCGGCGCCGGCGCAGGCGCUGGGCGAGCCGCUGCUGUCGCCCGGGCCCUGGCUGCAGCACGACGCGCACGCGCCGGGCGCGGCCGGCUGGAGCGGCGCGGCCGAGCUGCGCCUGCGCGCGCACGCGGCGCGGCUCAAGGGCGACACCGUGGCGCUGCGCGCGCUGCGCCCGCCGCCGAGGCUCUUCUCGUACCACGGUCGGUGCCGCCACGUGACGUCACACCGCACACCGCCUCCGCGUCGGCUGCGGACAGAUGCAUUGCGUAACCACAUUCGCACCUGUACCUGUUCGAACGCUCGAACUGCAAAACAUUUCCUUCGUUACUUUAACUUUAACGUUACAACGAAACCUACGAUGUCUGGCACCGUAUCUGUCGCGUCUGACGGAGGUCCCGUCUGUUACACUGUGCGCAUUACUAACGCGAAAACUGCUUUCGUCCCAGAUAUAGAAGAAGAGGAUCUUCCGAAACCGGUGCAAUCGAUUAGCAUGGCGGAAAUGGAAGCGGCCGUCAUGCUGCAGGACCUGCUCACGGCCAAGGAGCAGAGGGCCGUGGCCAGGGUGGCCGAGGUCAGCGGCGGGACGGCCGGGGAGGAAGGCCAAGGGACUGAAAAAAAGUCGGAGAGCGGCCGCCGGCGCACGCGCCGCGAGCGGCACUGGCUCGACGCCGCGUCCGAGACGGACCUCUAACAUAUCUGAUGUUGACAUCGAACAAACAGACGAACGAGCAGCGCCACGCACUACCGCUAUACAGAUUUACUGAACAUAACGGCAAUUAAUUUAAUGCUGGAGCAUUCCAUUGAGAAUUAUUGCAGUAUAGCUUCGAAAGUAUUUGCAAAAAGUGCUACAUUUUCAAAUUUAUUUUGUCGCCAUAAAAAACCUUUAACGAUUUGAAAAUUCGAUCACUAAGAAUAAAAAAAUUAUCUAUUUAUAUAUUUUUGUAUUUCAAGUGUACGUUUUUGUUGUAUUAUACUGUAAGUAUGAACGGCGAGAAAUCUCGAUUGGGGUACGAAAUAUUUAGCCAAGACAAGGGGUACUUUUCUAUUUCCGUAUGCAUGCUCUA